ACGGAGAGAGGGAGUUCUGAGCGCGGAGCUGUUUGUUGUCAGAGCUUCUUUAACGAGAGAAGAGGGAGAGCUGAAGUAUUUUACUGGUUUAAAAAAACAGAAACACGACAAAGGGACGUGGAUAAAAUAAGAGCUGAAAAGUUUUCGGGUCUUUUUUGACUCGUCUGGAUCUUUCUGAGCUUCAUCUUCAGGAGAGAGGAGCUGUGAGGCUCCGCGGAGUCAGAAAGUAGUCCUUCAACGAGACCAGCCAGGUCGCCAUGGUGAACAGUAGGGUGGAAGCGCCCACGCUGGCAGUGAUGGGCGGUGUCGGUGUGACGUCAGGCAGGUCGUGUGCAGGCUGCGGAGGUCGUAUUGCAGACCGUUUCCUGCUCUUCUCCAUGGAGCGGUACUGGCACACGCGCUGCCUGAAGUGUUCCUGCUGCCACGCUCAGCUGGGAGAGUUCAGCAGCACAUGCUACAGCAAAGGAGGCAUGAUUCUUUGCAAGAAUGACUACAUCAGGCUGUUUGGACACAGUGGAGCCUGCAGUGCUUGUGGACAGUCGAUACCUGCCAGUGAGAUGGUGAUGAGAGCACAAGGCAACGUUUACCACCUGAAGUGUUUCACGUGUGCGACAUGCAGAAACCGUCUGGUCCCUGGAGAUCGCUUCCACUACAUCAACGGGACGAUUUUCUGUGAACACGACCGGCCGGGUGGAGGUCUGCUCAGCGGACAUCCAGCUUCACUACAGCCCAACAGCAUGAUGUCUGACCAGAAGGUCUGCUGAGGACGAGGAUGGAGAUCAAACAUGUGCCUUCUCCCCCGCCUUUCUCCCGUCGCUUCAUCGCCGUCCUCCACCUGUAAAUCCUGACAUUUACUGACUCUCCACCACUCUCAUGGACCGUCACUGCUGGAGGUGUCAUAUUCACCAUAACAGCAGAACCUGGCCUCUCUAUACAGACUAUCCAGUGACAGUAUGGACCAGGCUGAUGGGAGGAGGAUGCUGAGGAUUGUGGAUUUUAAUUUAUGCUUCUUUAUUGUGACUCCUCUGUGAGAGUUUUGUGAACUUUGGCAAGCACCAGUUUGGCUAACUGUGCCAAAGUCAAGCACUGUCACAGAGUGAACACUGACUCGUGCAGGAGCUGGGAUAUUUGUCAAAAUCCUCAUUAAAGACAUGAUGGAUUCACUUCUUAGCGACAUGCCGGAUUUUUCCUUCCUCUCUUGAACUGAAGACUUUCACAUCAGUGCAGACUGUUCGUGUGAAAACAUGUUUAUCUUGUAUGUGAUCAGAGCAUUCGGGUUGUUCUUGCCGCCCUCUCUGCCACCAACGGAACUCUCCAGAUGUAAUUUUAGUGAAGCUGAUUACCUAACUGCAGCUGAAGCAUUGUGAGGAUGAGAAAAACGUGGCUUUCUCUUCAUACAAACAGCUUUUCUUGAUGUUUUUAUUACGAUUCUUUUCAGCUGUUGAUGCUCAUUUUUAAGGCUCGUUCAGUGUUUGACGUUGUGUUUAAAAAAAAUAUGCCACAAGAGAUUUAGCAGAAGUGACAUAAAGUGUGUUGAUAACAUGGUCAAAGUUCUCUUGUUUUAACUCUUCAAUUAUGAAGAAAGAUUGAAAGUUCAGGAUGCACCGAUUUUCUGUUUUAAGGCCAGAUCAGACGACACAGAUUCAUCCAGAUUCUGACCCUUUCCAAGGAACAAGACUGCUAGUGUGACACACAGAACCUCUGUUGUAGACUAACAUCCGCCAUGACGAUCUUUGAACUCUACGGUGGCAAAGACAAAAGGCAGCGUCAUGAUGAAAGCAUACAAUGAUUGGCUGGGACCACAUAUGUAGUGUUGCAAU